ACGUGGAAUUCGGAACAAUCCAACAAUGUGGGAUGUGCACGUUACCACGACACGGAUGUGUAUUAUCAAUGCUCCGUAUGUAACGAGGCUAAUUGAGGCUAACGAUAACGAUGCUGUCGCGUGCGUAAGCACGCAUAUAUCCACAUAUAUCAGCGAUCGUACGCUAAAAAAAAGCGGAAAGACAAUUUCAUCAUCAACUUCAUCGUGAACUCUGAGGACGAGCGACUCCAUCCUAGAACCGGCGCUUUUACCCGGCAAUUAAUUCGAUUAUGCUCACCUUCCAUCCGGCAUUUUCCACCGAUUGGCUCCGUUCGCAACGUCGAUGUGGCCUGCGAUUUCAAAAUUUCGUAGACGACAAUAGCUGCCUAGAUUGUGUCGGGAACUCGUCGCAGAAAGGCAAAAGAGUCGCGGCACGAAAUCUUGCGACAAAAAUUAACAACGACGUAACGAACCGUCAGUAAUUUUUUUUCUUUUGACGACAACGCGACAAUGCCUCUCCCAAAUAUUUUGAGAAAAGCAAGCAACUAUAUCCUUGGCGAGUGCGGCCAGGACAAUCGACGUGUCAUUUAUCAAGACGGCGAAGCAUUAUUCUGCAAAAAUAACGUCUGCGUGCAUCCCCCUACAUUAAUGAGACAACACGCCGACGUGGUGCAUCAUCCUGGAUACAUGACUAUAACUUGCAAAUUGAACAAGAAUUCGAAUUUGCCGACCCUGCACCUAAGUUGGAUACCCAACAGCACAUUGCGCAAGCAUCCUACCGCGUUGGAAAAUCUGAGUGCUAGAAAUGCUACCGCGCGUCGAGACGACGAUCCAAUCUGCCCGCGUUCCCGAAUCCCCCCCGAGAAGACACGCGAUACGCUCAACAUUUCGGGCGUGAGGCAGGAGCUCGAGAACGAGAACGAGAACGAGAAUGAAAAUGAAAAUGAAAAUGAAAAUGAUACCGAGAAUGAUAACGGAAAUGGGAAAGUAGACGUGUGCUUGGAGGCAAAGGAGCCUGUCAACUGCGGAGACUGCGAACGUGUUUGUUCCGGUUCCGGCUAUCAUCGUUACGGCCAUGACUUUCUACGUCGUCGAGAUCCAAGCACGACAAUCAAUCGCGAUGACGAAAAUGUCAAAACUAUUGAGACCGAGAAUCCGAAUUCGGCGGAUUCGGUGGAUUCGAGCAACGAAAAGAAUGAGGAUUUAAAAGAACGGGACUUGAAUGAAAUCGAUGCAAGGAGCAUCGAUGAGGAACCUGCACGCUUCUCGUUCCGUGACGAUGUAAGUGUUAAGAGUCGCAGCUUAUCAUUAACAUCAACGUGCAGUUUGUCAAUCUCGAUACCUAUCGAUGCGGAGGAAAUGCCUUCGUGGAUGAGGUCUCCAGAACUUCUAGCGCUACAACACAAUCUUGUUUUUCCCGAGAGCGCGACCGCAUCGCCUGUGACAUUGCGUAGAGCACAUCGAUGCAGAAGAUUCUCGGUGGAUCUCGGUGAGAUGCGAUCCUUGAGGCUAUUUUUCGCCGAUCCUGCUUGCACCUGUGGUCAAUUGGUCGUGGCGAGUAGGGAAAGCCAAUAUAAGAUCUUGCAUUUCCAUCAUGGCGGUUUGGACCGGCUAGCCGCCACUCUACAUCAAUGGCAUCAAUUGCUUUAUCCACGCUUAAAUAUGGAUACGGAAGAGACUCUGCCGUACAGGCAUUUCAUCGUAUGCC